AGAUAAAUUGAUGAAAGUCUGAUCAGACAGAAGGAGCAUCGUUAAAAAUUUUCAAGGAAACCCACAAUAUUAUUAGAUGGGUUUAGAAAAGCUUGUCAAACAUUCGAUGCCAGCUAUGAUAAGCAUGGGUACGAAAUAUACCGCAAAGGAGGUUGUAUCAAUUCUACCGAUUGUAGGCUUUACCGAACUUAAAAAAUUCACCUUCUCCGAAAUAAUCGAUGUUCGAACACCCCUUGAGUUUGCAGAGGAUAGAAUAAGAGGAGCUAUAAAUCUUCCUGUCUUGAAUAAUGAGCAGAGAGCUGAAGUAGGAACACUGUACUGCAGUGACAAAUUGAAAGGAAGGAAGGUAGGAGCUGCUUUGAUCUCCCGAAAUAUCAGUGAUCAUAUUCUCAAUCAUUUCAAGGAAAAAGAUUUGAAUUACAAACCUCUGAUUUAUUGCUGGAGAGGGGGACAAAGGUCUCGAUCCAUGGCGAUUAUACUAAAAGAGAUUGGAUUUCAGCCUGUUCUACUUCAAGGAGGGUACAAGGCAUACAGGCAACAUGUUUGUUCUUACCUCUGUCAAGAGAAAACAGAAGAUCAACCUUUAACUAACCUUGAUAAAAUUAGGCUCGUCAGAAUAAGUGGGGCCACUGGAAGCGGGAAAACCUUGCUUCUCAAAGCUCUAAAGGCUCGAGGAGAACAAAUUCUAGAUCUAGAAGAUCUAGCGAAACACAAAGGAUCAAUUCUCGGUGAUUAUCCAUCAGAAAACCAGCCUAGUCAAAAAGGGUUCGAAUCUGAUUUGUUUAAUAAUAUAGAAGAACUCAGUCCGUCAAGUGUAGUUUGGAUUGAGAACGAGGGGUCCAGAGUUGGAAAUGUUGGAGUUUCAAGAAGAUUAUGGGAAAAGAUGUGUAAAUCUCCAAGGUAUGUGACCUUCUAUACAUUUAAAACUCUCAAAAGUAUUAAGUGGCAAAUUCCCAGUUGUGCAAUCUCCCAAACGGCAACUUCUCAGGUCUGUCCUAGCUGCAGCGCCCCCCUCGCCCGUUCUAGGCGCAGUGCAGGGAACGAAAGUUAAUUGCUCAUUGCUGUU